UCUCUGUGUCCCUUCAUGUCUCUCUGCUCAUGAGUUGUAUUGAUUGAUCAGGACCUGUUCAGUCACAGUCAUGGACGUCAUGGAGACCCGAACAGACAGGUGAAUGAUGAGGACAGGAUUCCCACCUACAGUUUCAAGAGAAUUUCGUUCACACUCGUUUGUCCCAGUGUGGAAAGAGGAGUCGAGUUCUUUUCCUCCACUAAACUCAGCAGAGUUUUACAGCAGGCCUCCACCUUCACAGACUAGUGGAGUCAAACGUGCAUUAAGCUCAGACAAUGAAUCGUGGAGUGGGCCUGUGUGUGCUGGGCCUGCUGUGUCUCCACAGCUUUGUCCUCGGGGAGGAUGCAGCGGCGCGCUUCUGUGACGACCCAGCUGUCGAGAAGGCCGUCUUCAGCGCCAUGCACAAGUUCAACGAUAGGCUGAGCAGCGGACACAAGCUGGCCCUCUUCCAGAUCCUAUCAGCCAGCAAUGCAGAGAACAGCACAGGCUCGCUGUAUUCACUGCACUUCACCAGCAGGAGGAGUGACUGCGAGGCCGGAAGCAAAAGGCCCUGGACAGACUGUCAGUACCUGUCCACUGGACGCAAGAAGCCGAUGGCAUGCAACGCCACAGUCUACAUGACGGACACAGAGACAGACACUGAGCAGGUGGAGUGUCACCUCGAUGAUUAUGUUGUUCCAGAGAAAGUUCACUGUCUGGGCUGCCAGGAGGAGAUAAACGUGAACUCAGACGACCUCAAAGUCCCUCUCUCUCUCUCCAUCUCCAAGUAUAACUCCAUCUCCAACUCAACUCAUCUAUUCACCAUUCACGAUAUCGGUCAUGCCACCAGACAGGUGGUCGCAGGUUUCCGGUACAAGGUGAAAUUUGACAUGAGGAAAACCACGUGUGCCAAGGACACACACAAAGAACUCAGUGAACUGUGUGUCAUCGACGAGGCGGAUGUGGAGUUUUCCAACUGUAACUCGACAGUGGAUGUAGCUCCAUGGAGACUGGAGCCUGCACUGGUCCAUGUUGAGUGUGAAGCUGGGCCACUGCCUCCUGUGGUGUUCAGCAAGCGUCGUCCUCCUGGCUGGUCUCCUCUCAGGGAAUUCCUCUAUCCCACAGCCUUUGCCACUGCAACACCAUCACCAGCCACCUCACAGGUGCCCUCCCCCUCCAAGGCCUCAGCCAAAGAGGAGGAAUCUUCUGAGGAGGACAUCAACACGACCGCGUCGCCGAGCGCAGCCCCAGAGGCUGUGAACGGAAACCGCUUCCACUGCCCGUCCAAGCCCUGGAAACCUUUCCACCCGGUCAAUCCCACUGUGACGGUCACCGUGGACGUGGUGGCCAUAGAGCCGACAGGAGGCAAGGACUUGAGCGAUGGCGACCUGCUCGCUUAAAGUUUCCACAAUUAUGUUCAAAAUGCAAUUUAAUCCUCAAGUUUGCAUUACAGGGGUUUUUUAUAAAGAAAGGUGGAAUGCAAAACUAAAGAAUGGCCAAAACAGUUUAGAUUAAACGUGCUGCACUGUUAAUCCUAUAAUUUGUAAAGUGAGGAUGAAAUAAAAGCUCUAAUUUGA